UGUUCCCGCCAAAAUCAUAUCCGCCGAGGGGAAAAAAACGGCUGGAGAGAAUUGAUUAAACUAUAUCAAAUAAUCCGAUUGUAUCCAUUUAACGCUCGAGCUGAAUUCCCAAUCUUUCUAUGGAUUAUCACAGCAUUAAGAACGAUCACACCGGAAGUCGUGGACAAAUCAUGAUGCGCAACAUUAACAGUACUCCAUAUGGUCAUAGUUCUGGGGCCCCAAGAGUGUCUUUGCUAGAAGAACCUUAUGCAAAGGAUGAAUUGGACAUUAAUUUUCAAAUCCACAGCAUGGAAAAAGAGGCAUACUGUUCUGUUUUGAGGGCUUUCAAUGCCCAAUCUGAUCUCCUUUCCUGGGUACUGAAGGUAAAGCCCAGCGAAUACUAAACAGAGAUUUUGGAGUUCUGAUCUGCAGUAGUGUCUAAAGUAUUCGAGGUUGUCAUCUCCUCAGCAAUCCAUGUAGAUAGGGCCCAUAUAGGUCAUAAUUUGUAUGUUGUAUAAAAUGCAUAGUUAUAGUAUUGUAAUGUAAAUUAUGAAAAUAUAAUUAAUAGGUAUGUGAUGUAAAUUAAUAAGUCAGUUAAUUCAUAUGUG